AUGUUCCGUGUGAACUUGGCGUCUUUCCUCGGCGUCUCGCUGCUGGUGUUAAGUGAGAAGAGCUCAGAAGCAGCCGCGGGAACUACCGUAAAUUAUACAGCAAAGAUUGGUGGUUCUGUCGAAUGCCUUGGCGAAGUCAACGCUGCCCGUGAGGCAGCUGGAUUCGCCAACUUCAUUAAGGCAGAAACUGAGAAAGAAAAAAUUACCGACCCUGGUUCCACAGAGCUUCCUGAAGGCGGAUGGAAAGAUCUGUGUGAACAUUUGAUACCAGCGCCCCCUGAAGCAUAUAAUGCUCAAACAUCGGCAGAGGCAUUUCAAGAUGGAACGUAUGCUUUCAAGUCCCUAGCUGACGCCGACCCCAAUUGCAAGGAAACUGUUGAUUACUGGAAGGCAGCCUACAAAAAUUUCACUGGACUGCCGCCAUCAAAGAGUAAAGAUGAAAAAUUGUACAACAAUCAAGACAACGUUUCUUUUGUAGCCCUCUACAAUCCUUCAUCUAAUGCCACUGCAGACUGCCGUGUCGUCACUUGCACUCAAACGAAUACCACUACUCCACAGCCUGACACCGUGUCACGCGACGGAAACACCGAGGCCACCAAAAAAGGCUAUGCGCUGAUUUGCAAGACGACACCUGCUGCUUUUGAAAAUGACGCCUCUGCUCCAUUCACGCAGGAGCAGUGGGACAAGAUCAGAUCUUCGCUCACAGGAUCCGCAUCAGUAGCAGCUCCAAGCCUAGUUGCUCUUGCCAUUGUGACAUUCGGCAUUACGACUUUAUGA